GUUCGUGUGCGCUGGAUGAUUUACCCUGAAACUUCCUGCUUCAAAAGUGAAACAACCUCCUCUAUAUUCAUUAUUAUAUAUACAACGCGAUCCCUAAAACCUCUUACUUUCUCAUUCUCAGAAGCCGCUUCUCCAUUCUCAUUUGCAUUCCAUAUUCCUCCUCGUUCUGAGCGGUGCGACCAAACAAUGUGUCCUUCUGGUACGGCCCAACGCGCCGUUGCCGUGGCCAGUUUGAGCACGGACUUGCGGUCGGCUUUCGACGUGCUCGACGCCGACUGCGACGGGAAGAUCAGCCGUGACGACCUUCGCACGUUCUACGCGGGGUUUACGAGCGGAAUUGCCGACGAAGAGGCUAUAAAGUCGAUGAUAUCGGUGGCGGACUCGAACAGAGACGGGUUCGUGGAGUACGAAGAGUUCGAACGCGUUUUGGGGGCUCGGAGAGGGUCAUCAACGGCGGGUCGUCGCGGCGGUGGGGUUAUGGAGGACGUGUUUAGGAUGAUGGACAAGGAUGGGGAUGGGAAGCUGAGCCACGAAGAUCUGAAGAGCUAUAUGCAGUGGGCUGGGUUCUCUGCCAGCGACGCAGAUAUCAGAGCUAUGAUCGCGUUGGGCGGUGGCGGUGAUGAAAAGGACGGCGUUUCCUACGAUGGUUUGCUCAAGAUAUUGGCCAUUGAUUUUGUCGGUUAGGCACCGCUGCCAAGUGCCACCUAAGCUUCCUAGCUGUCGUUGAAUUUUUCAGCGUGUUUCCUGAAUUUUUAAACUCUCGUAUUAUAUUCGAUCUCUUCUCUCCUCUCCCCUUCAUUACCGUGGGGUUGGGUUUUUAUCAUUCGAACGUCACGAGGCAUAAGAUUUGAAAAAGAACAAUUCUCCUAUCA